CGCUUCCUGUUUCCUCCGCGCUCGCCUCAGUUGCCCGCCCCGCGCUUUGGGUGGUGGCAGUUGCCUCCUCAGCUCCCGCCGCCGCCGCCUCCUUCGCCGCCGCCGCCGCCGCCCUUCUCUCAAGCCUCCUUCUCGGGGUCCUCCUUUGUGGUUCCUUUCCGAGGGAAGCAGCGCUUAGCCGAAAGGCCGGGAGACAAGCCGAGGCCGCCGAGGCCGCCUUUCCCUUUCUCUCCUCGCGCCCACGCUCGCCCCGACCGAGCGGCCGCCCCGAUGCAGGCCAUCAAGUGUGUGGUGGUGGGCGACGGUGCUGUAGGUAAAACAUGCCUACUCAUCAGUUACACAACCAAUGCAUUUCCUGGAGAAUAUAUACCAACUGUAUUUGACAACUACUCCGCCAAUGUGAUGGUAGAUGGGAAGCCAGUCAACCUGGGCUUGUGGGAUACCGCUGGACAAGAAGACUACGACAGACUACGCCCGUUGUCUUACCCACAAACAGAUGUGUUCUUAAUUUGCUUUUCCCUUGUGAGCCCAGCAUCCUUCGAAAAUGUCCGUGCAAAGUGGUAUCCAGAGGUGCGACACCACUGCCCCAAUACCCCCAUCAUCCUAGUGGGAACCAAACUUGAUCUCCGAGAUGACAAAGACACUAUCGAAAAACUCAAGGAGAAGAAGCUGACGCCAAUCACCUACCCACAAGGCCUUGCCAUGGCGAAGGAGAUCGGCGCAGUCAAAUACCUAGAAUGCUCAGCACUUACGCAGCGGGGCCUCAAGACAGUCUUCGACGAAGCCAUCCGAGCCGUCCUGUGCCCCCCUCCAGUCAAGAAGAGGAAGAGAAAAUGCCUGCUGCUCUAAUGCUGCUGCUGCUGCUGCUGCUUUCAUCCCCCCCCACUCCCCACCCCCCCACCCCCCACCCCAAAAAAAAAACCUUUUGUGCUUUGCUUGGAAUAACGGAGCAUUCCUGCGUUUCUGUUCUUUUGUUUUUGUUUUUUUAAAUUGGUUAUCUUUCCCCUUCAGGUUAUCCCAAAACAGCCACCUUACAUAUUUCCCUUUGUUUAAAAAAGUUAGCUUCUUCCUUCCUUCCUUCCUUUUUUUAAAAAAGACAUAUAAAGGCCUUACUUCUCCCCCACCCCUUUUUUUCCAGCUCCGCUUAAUCGAUCAACCGUUGCCAAACUUUCUGCUACUUACUCUCUUCUUGGAUUGCUGUGCUUUGUUAUGUGAAGCCACCAGACCUGUUUUGUUUUUGUUUUUUUCCCUUACAGAGUCAGGCAGGUGUCUUUAAAAAUACUAAUGUUUUAUUACCAGCUGCAACACUUUAAUCGGGUUUUCCCAGAAAGAAAGAAAAAAAAAACAGUUGCUGUCUAAAAAUGCCCUCGUUCAUCCGACAGCAGCUUCACACCCAUCUUUCAUGCUUGAACAAAUGCAAUAAUUGACAACUCCAGAUUAACCCUUCCCUUUUUGAAAUAUAUAUAUAUAUAUAUACAUAUAAUAUGUCGAAUCAACUAAGGUCUGUGAUUAAAGCAAUUUUUUUUUUCCUAGAAAUGUAUUUGUCUUCCUUCACGGCAGAAUACUAUUUUCUCGGAGGAAAGACAACUGACUCGGUGGAACAGAAUUGACCAGACAGUAUUUUGACACUGUAAAGAUCAAUUUACACUACAUUUUCAACACACUAGUUUAAAACCAAGGGGGUAUUAUUUUCUCUCUUGUACGAUU